CCUUGAAUGGCCUUUGACCAUGAAAUUGCUGCGGUAACGGACUUACGUCGUAAAACAGCGUAAUCGGCCAGAGACGCCUGAAAGGAUGUACAUUUUCUUCAAAAAAUGUACUAGCCGUCCAGGCGCUCCGGCGGCCGGAUCUUUCGCAGUUUUGCACCGGAUGAUCAGCUCGUCCGAGGUGGCCACCGCCUUACGACCGUUCUACUUUGCCGUGCACCCGGAUCUGUUCGGUCGCUACCCACAGCAGCGUCAGGUGAAUGAAGAUUCCCUGAAACUGCUCAGUGCACACCUGGAAUCGUUGCUGAAACAGCGCCGGAUUCUUCCUUCAACGCCGCAAACCCUGCCCUUCUACAUCCGUGCCUCAAAUGAGUUGCAGGAUCGGGGAACAUUUAAUCUCAUCAAGGUGCCACUGGAGCGCACCGUCGACACGAAGCUGGUGCUCCGGCGGAUACUGGAAUCGUGCAAUCUGCCCACGGAGUUUGUCGACAAAAUGCCCUCGAUGCAGGACGGUUCGAGGUCAAAGACUCGAAAUGCUUUCGAUGAUUUCCAUCAGCAGCAAACGGCACAUCAUCAACAAUCAUUUUACUACAAGAAACGAUCGGAGUAUAACUUCGGCAAGGAGCAGCAGGAGGAUGACGAGGAUGAUUCUCCGUUCGAGAAGGAGUUUGAUAUUUUUCAAUUCAAAAUCAAACGGACGCGCGAAAACGAAACACUACAAAAGUGGCUUCGGAAGCAUCUGGUAACGGCCGCAGUCCGUACGAAGGCUGUCCAAGAGUUGCGCGAGGAGGUCGAGAAGCUUAAGGAAGACGUUACGAAGCAGCUACAGCUCCGCGAGAUAAUUUACGACUGCGGCUGGAACGUGGAGCACUUCCGUGGAUGUCUCAAGAGCCUCGAGAAGCUGGCCGAGCUGCAUCCGGGUGCGAUGGAUGGAUUGAAGGACCGCACGCUGGUAUUUGCGGCUUUCACGGGCGUAAGCCUCGAAGGUCACGUUAUGCUGUUCACCGGCGAUGUUCAACGGAAUUGGUUAGAGCUUAUCAAAACGAUCGACAAGCACGAUAGUUACCUGAGCAAACUGCCGGCGUACGAGUAUGCGUUGUCGCAGGUUCUGCGCAACAUACGCAUCGGCCGAAGGAAGUUUAUGCCCAAGGCACAGGCCAUGGCGUACGCUUCUCACUUACGCAAGAUCACCACCGCGCUGCUGGAUUACCUGGGUCGCUCAAAGUUCCCGAAAUCAUGGCCAGAAAGCCUCUCACAGUUCGAGCUGGUGGUGGAAUCGGAAGCAGGCCCACUGAUGGUAAGCCCCACGGGUCAGCUGAUUGUACCGGCAACCUGUCCCGGUUCCCUGGUGGUCGAUUUCUUCACCAACCAUCUGGCCGAGGCGCUCGAGAAGCAGAAAUCGUACGAUCAGCAGAAGUACGUCGAGCGAGAUCUGCAUGCACGCUGCUUGGCCCAGUUUCGGUUGCUUUCGCUGACGAAGGAUGACUCCGUGACACCCGAUCGGAUGAUCGAGUGUCUUGAGAAGCUGUUGGGAAAGACAGGUACAUCCAGUGGCGAGCUGGAGCUGGCCGAUCUGAACCUUAACAUCACGACAUAUUACUCCGUGUUGACCGAUGGUACGGUUUGUAUACCGUGGGAUUGGAAGCAAUAGAGCAACACUGUUCCUUAGUCAAGUCAAUUGGUCAAG